CCCGCCCUCACCGCAGCCCCCCGAGCGGUCGCCGCCUUUUGGGCCGCACUCCCGGCGUGCCCCGCACUCGCCGCCUCCCGGCCGCCCCUCCUUCCCUUCGCAGCGCCACACCGCCGGAGCCCGAGCCGCCGCCGCAGCCUCAGCCGCGGGCGCUAUGGCUUCUGGAGUUACAGUGAAUGAUGAAGUCAUCAAAGUUUUUAAUGAUAUGAAAGUAAGGAAAUCUUCUACACAGGAGGAGAUCAAAAAAAGAAAGAAAGCAGUUCUCUUCUGUUUAAGCGAUGACAAAAGACAAAUAAUUGUAGAGGAAGCAAAGCAGAUCUUGGUGGGUGACAUUGGUGAUACUGUAGAGGACCCCUACACAUCUUUUGUGAAGUUGCUACCUCUGAAUGAUUGCCGAUAUGCUUUGUACGAUGCCACAUACGAAACAAAAGAGUCUAAGAAAGAAGACCUAGUAUUUAUAUUCUGGGCUCCUGAAAGUGCACCUUUAAAAAGCAAGAUGAUUUAUGCUAGCUCUAAAGAUGCCAUUAAAAAGAAAUUUACAGGUAUUAAACAUGAGUGGCAAGUAAAUGGCUUGGAUGAUAUAAAGGACCGUUCAACACUUGGAGAGAAAUUGGGAGGCAACGUAGUAGUUUCACUUGAAGGAAAACCCUUAUAAAAUGACAGUCAAGUGCCAUCUGGAUCUUAAGGAGCUUCCAUUUCUCCAGCUCAGUCAAUUGGAAUAGUAUUAGGUUUUGGUUUUUUUUUUCUUCCUCUUCCCACUGCGUCCUUCCAACACAAUGAAUGAAGGAAAUAUCAUUCAUGUAAGCAGCCUAUCAGUGAUUGCCAUUAGACUGUUUAAUACUGUUACUUUUAUGUAGAACCCAAGGAAUGCCUUCCCACCAUAUUUUAGCCAAAACAACUGGUUAUAUGCCUCCCUUGCAGCAAGCACUACAAUGAAUGUGAAUGUCAAUGUGAAUAGCUUAGAACACUACAAAGGGUUAAGCUAAUUGAAUGCCUUGAAAGUAUUAUCCACUGGUGAGAUGGUAGACUUUAUUCAGUAUUAUUUAUAGUUGCACUUGAUUGCAGUUCUGUGAGGCUUGAGCAUUCAUACACCUCACCUGCCUUGGCAAGCCUAUUUUUUGUGACAUGGCAGCACAGAUAUAAUACUAUGCAUUGAAAGCACUUUUUUUGUAAUGAGUUUAAUCCCCCACCCCAAAAGGAAUGCCAAUUAAGUUAACUGUGUCAUCAACUUAUCCUAGUACCUCAGUGUUCAUUUCUGUUACCUGCGUAUCUUCUUAAAAGAAAAAGCUGUUAUUAAUGCCUUUUUGUUUUCCAUUGAGUGUACACUACUGAAUAAGUGUAGGAGUUUUAUGUUUACCAUGUUAAGUCUUGCGACACUAAAGAUAUUUUGAAUAUCAGUCAUGAUGGCAAUUUCUGUAUAAAAGAGCCUUAAAUGGAACAUUGUUUUUGAGAUCAAACCCCACCCUCACAAAAAUGGCCACGUUGCAAUAAAAAUUGUGGCAUAUUACAGAA